AUGCGAACAACAGCAGUGACGCGACGUCACGUCCUCGUGUCUCUAGUGGUCGUCGCUGCGAUGCAGCUGGUCUACGGGCCCGUCGCUGUUGCAAUGGAGUUUGGUGCAAGACGAGCAGUACGAAGAGCUGCGGAACGUCGUGGCGAGGAGAGAGACGCAGUUGGCUGGAGGUUUCUCAUGCCGAUUAUGGACGACAACUACUUGAGCGGCACGGGCACGUACGACUACAGACUCAUUGAUGGACAGAUGGACCGAAGACAGAGAGAGGAACACCACGACCAUAGCAAUUUCUCGAAUACUAUGAUCGUUGGCGUCUGUAUUGGUGCUGGCUUGCUGUUGGUCACGGCCUGCUUGACACGGAAAGCUUGUGUCGAGUGGUGCAUGAGCUCCACGCGGCGAACACGCCAUCGAGCUUUUAUUGAGCGAUCAAACGACGGCUGGCGAUGCGAAGCUUGCUAUCACACAAACGAGUCUCUCCAGACGAGCUGUGUGUUCUGCGGAUCUACGGUGAAAGCGAUCAAGGUGACGUCAAGCCAACGCCAGAGCAAUAGCACAAGCGCACCAGUGGCUACCUCGCAAAGUGAAGCCAGUGCACGCUCCGUUUCCGGCUACUUACCCAUGACUUCACCUCGCUCCGCUUGGGCUCAGGGUCCAGAAGCCCUUCUUAGUCGCGAUGCAACUGACCGCCAGUUGGUUGCGCGUGAGCGUCACCAGUGGAAACGCUGUGUCGGAAAGCAUUACGUUCGCUGGGUGUACAUCCCGUUCGAAUCGCUCCGGAAGAAUGAGACGUUACACAGCACUAUCGUAAGAACACGCGAUGUCGAGGUAUGGCAAAAACGUCACCCACAGCAAGCGCGUAAGCCAUCCGGUACACCUCUGUCUUUUGACAGUUUUGCAGAUAGCAGCGGGCCGCAAGUUUCUUGCUUGAGCCCCAGAGCUGCGUUUGUACGCGAUGAGUCGCAGACGAAAAGCAGUGCGGUACACUGGUGCUUUGCCGAGAAUGUCUCCAUGUCCUCGCGUCCAUACUCUAGGUCAAUGAUGCGCGUUGCGACCUUGACGUUUGCUGAAAAAGCGCAGUGGUUUUACGGAUACUCGCUUAAGUUGUCGCAUUCGCUUGUAGAUGGCUUCCACACCAUUCGCGUUGAGCGCGAUAAAGUGCUGAAGGAAUCGGUUGACCUCUUUUUGGCAGCGCCUCGCGCAACUCUUCAUCGUCGUUUUCGGGUUGAUUUUGUAAAUGAAGUCGGUGUUGACGGUGGGGGCAUUUUGCGGGAAUGGCUGCAUUUAGUAUGUAGUGAGCUAUUUAGGGGAGAUUCCGGACUGUUCGCACUAACUAGUUCGGCAGCACAUCAAGGGUACUGGAUCAAUCGAACGGCGACAGAAAAGACUGCCGAGCAGUUGCAGACGUAUGUUUUCGUUGGCAAGUUGCUGGGAAAAAUCCUUCUGGAAGGUCUACUACUGAACGUUCGGCUCUCGAUUCCGUUGUUAAAGCACAUUCUCGGUGUGCCGGUCAAGCUAUCGGACUUGUACCUACUUGACGAAACGGUGCAUUCCAGCAUGAUGUGGAUUCUCGAAAACGACGACACCGCUGCAUUGAGCUUAAACUUCACGAUACAGGGUACUGAACUCAUUCCAAACGGCACUGACGUAUCCUUGCAUGAUGGAAAUAAGCAGCUCUACGUUGCGAAAGUGGUGCAGUACUAUUUAUUUGACAGUGUUCGAGUGGAAAUGUCAAAGAUCAUGGAGGGCCUUCGCAGUGUCAUCAGCGACACGAUGCUCCACGUAUUCGACUUCAAAGAGCUCGAUUUACUGCUCUCAGGGCUACCACAGAUCGAUGUCAACGACUGGAGACGGCACACAGAAACUCGCUUUUAUGAGCACAGCAGCCAUGAGUUUUCGUUGAUCGACUGGUUCUGGGAGAUCUUGGAGUCCUUUACGCAAGACCAACGAGGGCGCCUGUUGCAAUAUGUUACCGGCUCCAGCGGUGUUCCUGUUGAGGGGUUUCGGGGUCUUACUGGCAUGGACGGUGAAAUCCGUUUGUUUACAAUCCAGCUUGGCAAUGACGUUUCGACCAUGUACACGGUACUACCGCAUGCUAGCACUUGCUUGAAUAGACUUGAUUUGCCGCUUUAUCCUUCCAAAGCAGACCUUGAGCAGAGUUUGUCCAUGGUCAUAGAAAUGGACAUCACAGGGUUCAGUAGUCGAUGA